GGGAAUGUCUGCCGGUUCAAAUGAAGUUAACGUGAAAUAUUGCCGAUUUCUUGUUAUUUCUCUUGUGACAGUUUUUGAAUCAUGAAAUAAGUGUGAAAUCUCACGCAAGUAAUCGAGCGUAUAGAUGUAUAUCAUAAUAUUACGCAUGUUAUGCAGUGCAACUUUCAAGAUGAAAUUUGUUAGAGAGUAAUGAGAGAACUAUUGAAUCAAAUGAAUCUUGUCCGCAGCGAUAUUUUCAUUUUCGAACUGGUCUAUUUUUAACGUUGAUUUUGGAUAUUUAUUAGGAUGUCAAAAGACGGCAAGCUAGCAUUGAGGCCAAAAGUUAGGUUUAGUCAAAAUGCAGAGUCAACAGACAUUGAGUGCAUAAAUCUGUCACAAGAUGAAAAAUGCUCGGAGAAUAGUGAUAAACCUCGUAUCAUCGAUGUACGCACUUUAAAGAAACCUGUGAAGGUAGUAUACUCUGACUCGAUUCCAACAUGUACGACAACGUCUGUUGGAAGUAGCGCUCAGUCCCUCAAAAAUGUAUCGGAAGUGAAAACCUCAUCUGAUUUGAAUUGCGAUUCUGAUCUAUCUAUGGAGAAAUGCUCCGAAUCGAAGGAAUCUGCAGAUAGCAAAAAGUUGCAUGCAACUACCAAUUCUAAUCCGGCUGAUAUUAAAAAGAAAUCUACAAAAAUUGACGAACCAUUCUUAUCGCAUUUCCAAAAGAAAGGGACCAUAUCAUCAGGACGGAAGAAAGCUUCAAUGGUUUCCGAGAGUACAGAUUCCUUGAGCAAUAAAAAGCCCAGCAUCUCGACGAGCAAAUCUCAUACGAGUAUGAAUAAAUUAUUUGCAAAUGGGAUUAAGUCCCCAAGUGCGGUAUUAAAAAAUGAGUUGCCUAAAGGAAAAAUAACUGCCGAAAGUAACGAUUCUGUAAAUAUCAAACAUGCUGCCAAGAGUUCGAUAAAUAAAUGUUAUUCCGAACGAGUAAAAAAUUCAAAAAGUGAAUCUCGUUCCUAUAAUAUCACCUCCAAAAAUGAAAGGGUUAAACCGAGAGAUACCAAAGUUUCUUUGUCAGUGCAAAAAAUGUCUCAGAAACCUACCGUCGGACCUUAUUUAAAGAAUCGAAAGCAGACUGUAAAACCUUCAGGUAGUCCUGUUAAAAAAUCGAUUCUCCGAAAUGUAAAUGCCCCUUUGACAAGUGCUUAUAUCGGUUCUGGUGUAUUAAAAAGCAAACCUGAAAAUCGCCAAUCUGCGUCAAAGAUUGACCAGGCCAAUUUCAAAUUGACUAUCCCAUCGGAAGAUAAAUUAAGACAGCCUAAAUGUAAUUCCAUAUUGACAACAAUCAACAAAUUGCGAGAAGCUCAAAAAGAGAAUAUUGUAACAGACAUUGAACAUUUGCCACCAGUUUAUAAAGCAUUAAUGAAUGAAAAGAUUUCUGCAGCUCUGGAGUUCCCAGCUGAUGAAAUUAUUUACAAAAAUUUAAUAGACUUGACUAUAGAUGACAAGGAUCUGCCAAGCAGAGUGACUCGAAGUAAAGAUCCAGAACCUCGACAAAAAGACAUAGAGCCUAAGCUAUCAGAUUUCUUCACUCCAGAGUACGGGACAGAGUAUUGUCAUGCAGCGAAAUUGGAUCCUAAAGUCUCCGAGAGCUUCGACAACUUUAGUUCAUUUCGCAUCAGUGAUAAAAUCUUUGAAUGGAAACGAAUGCUCGAUCGUUCCUGUUAAUACCUAACUUCUUCAGUUUUCCCAUUUCAUCUAAUUUAUUAAUUGUACAAGUGUAAUUCAUAUAAUUACUUUAUUUUUAUACAAAGAGAAUAAUCUUAGAGAAGAGUAUCAGACCUGCGAUUAUAUAAAAAGCUUUGCCUUUA